AUGACGUGCUUCUCUUCUGCAAUUCCCCAUCGCCAUCAUCUUCUUCUUCCUCCCUCGAAUUUCAAAUCCCUACUCGUAUUCCCCUCAUCACAUCUCAAACCUAGCCCCCGUAUUCUCUUACAUGGCUCAUCUCGUUCUCUCCUCUCCUGUUGUUCAGCCAGCAGCAACAACGCACCUCCUCCCGCCGGUGACGCUGUUCCGAAGCAAGUCACCUCUGAUUCCUCUUUUUGUUUUCUCUCAUCUAGUUUCGUUCAAAUCGCAGUCUAUUGUUUUCGAAUUCGAGAGACAGUGCAGGAUUUCGUGCAGAUGCAGCUUCAGGAAAUCCAAGAUAACAUAAGGAGUAGACGCAAUAAGAUCUUUCUCCUCAUGGAGGAAGUGAGGAGGCUGCGAGUUCAGCAACGGAUUAAGAGUGUUAAAGGCAUCAAUGAGUACAGUGAGCUCGAGGCAACAGAGAUGCCCGAGAUCCCUUCUUCCAUUCCUUUUCUCCCUAACGUGACACCAAAGACUUUGAAGCAACUCUAUUUGACCAGUGUCGCAUUGAUAUCGGGAAUAAUUUUCUUUGGUGGCCUGAUUGCACCUAAGCUGGAGCUCAAGGUAGGCCUAGGAGGAACCUCGUACGAAGACUUUAUAAGGAGCUUGCAUCUACCCCUGCAGUUAAGCCAAGUAGACCCCAUUGUGGCAUCUUUUUCUGGCGGAGCGGUGGGUGUCAUAUCGACCUUGAUGCUUAUCGAGGUUAACAAUGUUAAACAACAAGAGAAGAAGAGGUGCAAGUACUGCCUUGGGACUGGAUACUUGCCAUGCGCUCGAUGUUCAGCAAGUGGUGUGUGCUUAAGCACUGAUCCCAUAAAACGAUCUAGAGCUUCAAACCGGCUUCUGCAAGCCCCGACAACAGUAAGGUGUCUAAAUUGUUCCGGCGCAGGAAAGGUGAUGUGUCCGACAUGUCUCUGCACCGGGAUGGUCACUGCUAGUGAGCACGACCCACGAUUUGACCCUUUCGACUAG